AUGUUGCGGAAGGAAUACCUUGACACCGGAUUCGUGACCGACUUGGACGCAGAUGUCCUAUUGCGUGUCGAUGACGUCCCCCGGACAAUCCAGUCCUUACAAGCAAUGGUCGAGGGCAUGUUCGCUCUGACCUCGGCUGGGAACGCGUCCAAAGUCCCGGCUGUGAGUAUCCAUAUGAUGGAUUAUGCAGGCGACCCUAUCAUCAUCGGGGACCAUCUGUGUAAGAAGGCGGCUAGGUAUACAAAGGCGUACAAGAAUUCUGCUGUGUGGCAGGCACACUAUAUUGAGAUCACCCGGCCGCUACUGAAG